AUCUAUUUCCUCACAUAGACAAACUCAUACAGAGAGGAGAGAGAUAUAUAGAGAGAGUGAGGGAGUGCGUGUUCAAUGUUCUGGUUUGAGCAAUGGCAAUUUCAGGUUCAGAGACUCAACCACAGAACCCGAGAGUGGUUCCCCAAAUCGAGGUGGAGUCGGUGAAGUGCGACUCAUGUGGGUUCACAGAGGACUGCACCCCUGCUUACAUUUCUCGCGUGCGGGACCGAUUUCAGGGCCGAUGGAUUUGCGGGCUCUGCUCGGAGGCGGUGAAAGACGAGGUUCGAAGAUCAGAUAAGGUAAUCACCACCGAAGAGGCCUUGAAACGCCACACAAGCUUUUGCGAGAGUUUCAGGUCAUGGAGUCCCCUCCACCAAACAGAGCAUCCAAUCUCUGUCAUGGGUCGGGUCCUCCUCCGGAACCUGGACUCCCCGCGAUCGCUCCGGUCACGGUCCAAUUCGAUCAGUUCCUUGCCUGGUGUCGAUGAGGUUCAACGCCCACAACUUGUUCGAUCGGAGAGCUGUUUCUCUGCUUUGUCUCGUUAGAAGUGAAAAAGGUAAAAUCAAUUUGAACCGAAACACAGAAAAGCUCUAGUCUUUUUGCAGAAUAUGUAAUUGGGGUUUCUGGUGCUCGUAGAAUCUGAUUCUCAUUAGAGAUUGGUAGCUGAAACUGAUUUUCAAUUUGAUAAUUUGGUCUUGAUGUCCUUAGAAUGUAUAUAUUGCAUUGAUAAACUGCCCAUCUCCAUUUCUUUUCUCAUCCAUUCUUCUCCUUCACUCCUCCUAUGAAUGCAAAAUCACAUAUUUGAUUUGUGUGUCUCUC